CGCAGCAGCAGCAGCAGCAGCAGCAGCAGCAGCAGUAGGAAUAGCAUCAGAACGAUGCAACAUAGGAUUCGUUGGCUAAUUGCCAACGCUCCAACAUUACUUAUGAUGUUGGAGCAUGUCUCCUGGGCCAUGGAGGCAAUAAAUACACUGCCAUCGCUGCCACCACUUGCUGCUAUGCAGCAAUUAUAUGAAGGGAUUAGGCCAGGAAGCUCUUCGCCCAACCCUGCCCGACGAACGAGACCCAGCUCUUCACCCAGCACUGCCCCGCCGAGAGAGGCCAAGCUCGUCGUCCAGCACUGCCCCGCCGAGAGAGGCCAAGCUCUCAGUCCAGUACUGCCCGCCGAGAGGGGCCUUCAGCUGGACCUAGCACAUCAGCGGCUACUAGGCCAGUCGUCCGGCGGAUAA